GUACCUCGAGGGCCGAGCGCCAUUCGUCAUUCUCCACCGAGCGCUCCAUGCGAGCGGCUGUAUCGCGCGCGGAAACAAAGAAAGUGCAAAAAAAGUGUAAUCGUGAUGAAUUAAAAAGUGAUCUUUCUGUGGUGAUGGCGCUGUCUACUAAUGAUAUGCCUUACUGGGCGAAUGAGGAGGUGUCCUGGACUGCAGACAACGGGUCCUGGGAGCCAGCCAGCCUGGGCGCAAGCGAGUUCGGGUCAGAGCUGUCUUUCACCGACGAAUCCCCCGGCAGUCUUCAACUGUCUUAUGAUGACGAGGAACAAGACACGGAGGUUAACACCGUGGAGUACGAUGCGGUGGAGGUUGAAGCCACAGAAGGAGAUGCCAUAAAGCAGGAAAAUGUGGAUCAGGAAGCUAUGGAACGGGAAGCUAUGGAGCGGGAAGCUAUGGAGCGGGAAGCUAUGGAGAGAGACGCUAUAGUGCGAGAUGCCGAGGAGCUGAAUGCAGUGCAGUUGCAGGCGAUGCGCGAACUUGACAAUUAUAUGAGAAUGGGCAAUGUUGCCAUCAAGGAAGAAAUUGCAGACUUCUCCGACAGCGCUAGCGGCGACGAGCAGCCAACUGGAGGCAAGCGCUCGUCCCGCCGCCUGCGCCGUGCCGCCGCGUCCCCCGCGCCCCCCGCGGCCCCCGGCGGCCGGCGGCGCCGCGGGGGCGUGUCCUCCAGGGAGCGCAACCUGCGCCGGCUGGAGAGCAAUGAGAGGGAGCGGCAAAGGAUGCACUCGCUGAAUAGGGCUUUCGAUGGUCUCCGGCGGGUGCUGCCUCACGUGCGGCUGGAGCGCCGGAACUUGUCCAAAUUGGAGACGCUGACCCUGGCCACCAACUACGUCAAGUCGCUGACCAACCUCGUGUGCGUGCUUCGCGGCGCUGAGUUCCGAUACAAGUUCAACGACAGCGACGACGAUCUCCCUGAAGACAUCAUGCGGAUGCUGAUACUUCGCAACCAAAACAACAACAAUGUUGAUGUCGGGAGGUCGCCCCCGCAGCCUCGCCGUGGCUUGUGACAGCGGAGGACCAUCCGGCGCCCGCUGCGCUACCGCAGGCACUGAGUACUGAGGCGGCGGCUAACAGAUGUGCUGUUCUGUAACUUUAACUUUGAAACGUUUGUUGGUUUUUGCAUUUAUUUAUAUAUUAGGUAAUUUUUGCCCCUUGAAAGUCGAUGGAAUUAGUAGGUAGAAGUAGCAAAAAACUUUACGUUCAAAGAGAUAUUCCUGUUUUUUUUUACCAAGUGCUGAAAUUGAUAAAUUGGUGAUUCCG